AUGUCAUCACUUCGAAAUGCAUUACAACGAAGAAAUCAUAAAGAGCGUUCUCAACCACGUUCUAGACAAAGAUAUGGUUUACUCGAAAAACGUAAAGAUUAUGUUCUUCGAGCUAGAGAUUUUCAUUCGAAACAAGACCGGUUAAAAGCCAUGCGUGAAAAAGCUUAUUUUAGAAAUCCUGAUGAAUUUUAUUUUAAAAUGAUUAAUUCAAAAACAAAGGAUGGAGUUCAUGUGAUGGAACAUGAUUCAACUUUAUCUGGUGAAGCUAUUAAAUUAAUGAAAUCACAGGAUUUGAGUUAUGUUAAAACUCAACGCGACCUUGGAAACAAGAUAGAAUUUGAAGGGAAAAUAAAGGAAAAAAUAAAAUCACAACCACAACACAUCAUAUUUGUUGAUACUCCUAAAGAAGCCAAAACUUUUGAUCCGGCAAAGCAUUUUGAUACUUUACCGGAAUUAGUUAAUAGAAAGUUUAAUAGGCCUCGUAUUGAGACAUUACAAAAUGAGGUUAUAAUGUUUCCCGAAGAUGAGACAGAACUAAUUCUAUUACAUAAGCAAAAAUUAAUAAAAUAUAAAGAAUUAUCGGCACGUAUGCAAAGACAAGAAGAGUUAAGAAAGGUAGAACGAGAAUUACAAAUUCAAAAAAAUUUAAUGGGUAAAGGACGUAGAAAGAAAGUUGGUGUAGAUAAAGACGGAUUAGCAGUAUAUAAAUGGAAGAACGAACGAAAGAGAUAA